AUGCAUCAGCAGCAGAACCAACGCAAGACUCAGUACACACAAAUCAAUCACCCCCAAAAUUGUAUAAACAUGGCGAGAGAGAAGAUUCAGAUCAAGAAAAUCGACAACACCUCGGCCCGGCAAGUUACUUUCUCCAAGAGAAGAAAAGGGCUUUCCAAGAAAGCCAAAGAACUCUCAGUUCUUUGUGAUGCUGAUGUUGCUCUCAUCAUCUUCUCAUCCACAGGGAAGCUCUUUGAGUUUGCCAGCUCCAGCAUGAAGGACAUACUUGAAAAGCAUGAUUUGCACACAAAGAACCUUGAAAAGUUGGAACAACCAUCUCCUGAACUUCAGCUAGUCGGGGACAGCAACUACUCCAGAUUAAGCAAAGAAGUCACUGAGAGAAGCCAUGAACUGAGGUGCAUGAGAGGAGAGGAACUUCAAGAAUUGAGUAUUGAAGAGUUGCAGAAGUUAGAGAUAUCACUGGAAACCGGGUUGAGCCGCGUGAUAGAGAAAAAGGAUGAAAAAAUCAUGAAAGAGAUCAAUCAACUUCAACGAAAGGGCAAGGAACUCAUGGAAGAGAAUGAGCGUCUAAGACUGCGGAUAUCGAAAGGCCAGAAAAGUACGAUAGCAGUUGAUUCUGUGAACAUAGUCGAGGAGGAUGGUCAAUCAUCAGAGUCUGUUACUAAUGCAUGUAACUCGAUAGGCCCUCCGCAAGAUUCGGAUAGCUCGGAUACCUCUCUCAAGCUCGGGCUGCCGUACUUCAGCUGA